UUUUUGGUUGAAAAAGAGCUGCAAAAUCAAUCACAAAGUAAUAGCCUCCUCCGGCCGGUUCUCAGCAAAUCACACACAGUAACUCGCCGGAGACAAUGGCGGGCAUCGGCGGUGGACCCAAUUUCUCAAACCAAAACUCAAACACAUCAUCAUCGUCAGCUCCCCACUCUCAUCAUCACCAUCAUCAAGCUCCCAAAAUCCUACUAGCCAAACCAGCCCUCGUCACAGCCGCCAAAUACAACCACGGUGGCGCUCCCGCCGGCGAUGACCCAUCUUCAUCACUCCGUUCUCGGCUUCCCUCAGUUGGGUUUCUCAAUCUUUUAUCAGAUUCUUGGGAUUUCCAUACUGAUCGUUUCCUUCCUUUUUUGACUGAUAAUACGGAUUUUACGGUGAUUGGAGUGAUUGGUCCAACUGGGGUUGGAAAGUCUACUAUUAUGAAUGAGAUUUAUGGCUUUGACGCGACCUCAUCCGGGAUGUUACCUCCUUUUGCAAUAGAAUCGGUAGAGACCAAAGCAAUGGCCAAACAUUGUACGGUUGGUAUUGAACCACGAAUUACUUCUGAAAGGAUUAUACUUCUCGAUACUCAGCCUGUUUUUAGUCCAUCAGUUUUGGCUGAGAUGAUUAGACCUGAUGGUUCAUCCACGGUAUCCGUUUGGGGUGGUGAAUCUUUACCUGCUGAGUUGGCCCAUGAACUGAUGAGUAUACAGCUUGGUGUUCUUUUGACCUCCAUUUGUCACAUCAUACUGGUGGUUUCUGAAGGAGUACAUGAUAACAACAUGUGGCGAUUGAUGGCAACGGUGGAUUUGUUGAAACAUAGUAUACCCGAUCCAUCCUCCUUGUCUCUUUCACACCCACAGAGCUUUAAUACGGUAUCUGAUAAAGAGAUUAAAGAUAAAAUGCAGGAGGUUGGAGAAGAAUACAUGGCUUCUCCUAUUUUUGUUCACACAAAACUCCAUGACCAAGAUCUUGCUCCCCAUUAUCUUGUGCAGAUGAAAAAAGCACUUACGUGUUAUUUUAGCUCCACUUCAUUUAACAAACAGAAGCAUCAGAAUGCAUCCAAAGAGAAGAACGUGUCUUCCCUGAAUCCCGAAGAUGAUUCUGAUCCUACGUUAUUUAAGUCAUUUUUUAUCCCAUCGAAAUAUAACACCGACUCUCUGCAAUAUGAGAGUUACUCUUCUUCCUUGUGGAAACUACGAGACCAGGUCCUAUCUAUGGGUGGCCCUUCGUUUUCAAGAACUGUGUCUGAAAGAGACUGGCUGAAAAACUCCGGCAAGAUAUGGGAGCUAGUGAAGAACUCAUCAACUAUUUCUGAUUACUGCAGGACAUUACAAAGUUCUGGCUUGUUUAGGAGAUAGUCUAAGUAUAUCAUAUUUCCCAAUGUCAAAACUCAAAGACCAUAUAAACCAAUGUGAUGCUAGUUUAGUUUUGUUUUGUUUUGUUUUUGAAAAAGUAAUUAAAGGAUCUUUGACAGUUUGACUUGAAA